AUCUCUCGUCUCGGUAACUAUUUAGGAGAAUUCAACAAAAUGGCAACUAAUGACACUGUUCCGACUGUAUAAUUGGUCGGCGGGACAGACGACGGACGGCGGCUUCUCUCACCGGCGCCGCCAGAGGAAAUUGACCGGAGAUAAUCAGAAGCCGAUAGAUUCGUACAAGGCAUGGCUGCCAAACUGCCUUUACCAAGCUGUCCCACAAUUUCUAAGCAUUUCAGUGCUGAUCAAACGGGAUCAAGAUUUAAUGGAGCUGUCUGCCUUAGGAGAGCUGCACAUUCAUUAGGCAGAAUCAUGCAUUUCCAGCUAUCUUUUACUAAUAUUAUCCAGCCUUAUUCUUUCAGAAAUUUCAAGAGGCGGUCAUGGUCUAUAAGAAGUGCUGCAGAUGGCAGUGGACUAGAUUCUUCUCCUACAACCAGCGGUAGCAGUGGAACUCGACUUAUUAGGGCCAUAGAGGCUCUUCUAGUCAAACUAGAUGCCAGAAUUAAGGUGUUGAGAAAAAACCUACCAAUGAAGUUGCUGUUUUUCUUAGUGGGUUUCUAUUGUGCAACCGCAUUUGCCACUGUAAUAGGGCAGACAGGUGAUUGGGAUAUUAUUUCUUCUGGAUUAGCUGUGGCUGUGGUAGAGGGCAUUGGAGCUCUCAUGUAUAGAUCUAUUCCUUUAAUUGAUGGGGAUGUCUGUUGUACAGGGUCUCCAAUGAUACAGCAUAUACGUCACUUGUACAUGGGAGGCAUCCCUAGUUUGGUGCCACAUUAAUAAAAUGUAUACGGAAAUAUGGUUUGAUCUUUCAGUUUUAUACUAUCUUAUUUAAUCAACAUCGUGCUCCUGGAUAUUAGCACGAUGUUAAUAGAGUUAGAUAAAGCUUGUAUUGAUUAGUGUUAUACGAAUAAGUUUCAUCUUAUGAUAGGACCCUUUCGUGGUAAGCUUUCAAUUGCUCUGUUUGUACAAAUGCUUUUAGAAUCAAUGACAUAGAGUUGAAUCUUGA